AACCUGCCCCAUCGCCCCAGGCCCGGGAGGGAUGCUCCCAGCGGAUUGUGGCCGCCGAAGGGAGCCCGGGAGAUCGCGGAGAGCCAGCGGGAGGAGGCUUUGCCAUUUGCAAAGUGGGAGCCAGCACCAGGAGGAGCCUGCCUGCGGCCGGGCUCUUGCACCCAUGCGCUCCCGCUGAAUGGGAGAGCGCCCGCCCGCCGUCUCGUCCACGCCACCCGCCGGAGCAUCAUCCGCCGUUUGCUGCGCCAGGCCCGGAGAGCACGCAGGGGAUCCCCGCUUCUGGCUCAGUUCAUUUUGGCUGUGGAUCGCAACUCGGAUAACAAGAAUUAUUGGAGCGGUACAAACCUUCUUCGCCGGCACGAUGAGCAACAAACCACCUCCCGACGAUAAGCUUCUGGAGCUGGAUUUACAUUCCCAUUUCAUCAUCGGUUCCGUUUCGGAGGAUAAUUCUGAAGAUGAGACAAGCUCCUUGGUGAAAAUUGAUUUACUGGAAGAAAAAGACCAGUCCAUCUCUCCGGUCUCCGUCAGUUCGGACUCUCUUUCCGACCUCAGUUCUUCCGGUGUUCAAGAGGCCCUUCAUAUGAGGCCAAGCAUGUCCGGCCUUCACCUCAUGAAACAAGGCCGGGAUAGGAAGAAAGUGGAUCUACAGAGGGAUUUCACUGUUGCGUCUCCAGCGGAGUUUGUCACCCGUUUUGGAGGGAACAAAGUUAUUGAGAAGGUUCUCAUUGCCAAUAACGGGAUAGCUGCCGUCAAAUGCAUGAGGUCCAUCAGACGUUGGUCUUAUGAGAUGUUCCGGAAUGAGCGAGCCAUUCGUUUCGUGGUUAUGGUGACGCCUGAAGAUUUAAAAGCCAAUGCAGAAUAUAUUAAAAUGGCCGAUCAUUACGUUCCGGUACCCGGAGGUCCGAAUAACAAUAACUAUGCUAACGUGGAACUGAUACUGGAAAUUGCAAAACGGAUACCUGUGCAGGCCGUGUGGGCCGGCUGGGGCCAUGCGUCAGAGAAUCCCAAGCUUCCAGAACUGCUCCACAAAAACAGCAUUGCUUUCAUGGGUCCCCCAAGCCAAGCGAUGUGGGCAUUAGGAGAUAAAAUUGCCUCUUCUAUAGUGGCGCAAACUGCGGGUAUCCCUACCCUUCCAUGGAGCGGCAGCGGUCUCCAGGUAGAUUGGCAAGAAAACGACUUUCAAAAGCGGAUCUUGAACGUUCCCGAGGAACUAUAUGAGAAGGGCUGCGUGACGGAUGUGGAUCAUGGCUUGAGGGCUGCCGAAGCUAUUGGUUAUCCGGUUAUGAUCAAAGCCUCUGAAGGAGGAGGAGGGAAAGGAAUCCGGAAAGUAAACAAUGCCGAUGAUUUUCCCAACCUUUUUAGACAGGUACAAACUGAGGUGCCCGGCUCACCGAUCUUCGUGAUGCGACUGGCUAAGCAAUCCCGCCACCUUGAGGUCCAGAUCCUUGCCGACCAGUAUGGCAAUGCCAUCUCCCUCUUUGGCCGAGACUGUUCCGUCCAGCGCCGGCAUCAGAAGAUUAUUGAGGAGGCUCCAGCAUCUAUUGCAACAUUGGCUGUCUUUGAACAUAUGGAACAGUGUGCGGUCAAACUCGCCAAGAUGGUGGGCUACGUCAGUGCCGGGACGGUGGAAUAUCUUUACAGCCAAGAUGGGAGUUUUUACUUUUUGGAGCUAAACCCUCGGCUGCAGGUCGAGCAUCCUUGUACAGAAAUGGUGGCUGACGUCAACCUGCCUUCUGCUCAACUCCAAAUUGCGAUGGGAAUUCCUCUCCACAGGAUCAAAGAUAUCCGGAUCAUGUAUGGAGCUUCACCCUGGGGAGACACCCCUAUUGACUUUGACAGCUCGGCCCAUGUGCCUUGUCCGCGGGGUCACGUGAUCGCAGCCCGUAUCACCAGUGAGAACCCCGAUGAGGGAUUUAAACCCAGUUCUGGAACAGUCCAAGAACUGAACUUUCGCAGUAAUAAGAACGUCUGGGGUUAUUUCAGUGUGGCUGCCGCAGGAGGCCUUCACGAAUUUGCAGACUCUCAGUUCGGCCAUUGUUUCUCGUGGGGAGAAAACCGUGAAGAAGCCAUCUCAAAUAUGGUCGUUGCUCUGAAGGAGCUAUCCAUUCGAGGCGACUUCAGAACGACUGUGGAGUACUUGAUUAAGCUGCUUGAAACGGAAAGCUUUCAGCACAACUGCAUUGACACUGGUUGGCUGGACCGACUGAUUGCAGAGAAAGUGCAGGCGGAGAGACCAGAUACCAUGCUGGGGGUGGUUUGUGGGGCUCUCCACGUGGCUGAUGUCAGCCUGCGGAAUAGCAUCUCCAACUUUCUCCACUCCCUGGAGAGGGGCCAAGUCUUGCCUGCACAUACAUUGUUGAACAUAGUGGACGUGGAACUCAUCUACGAAGGGAAGAAAUAUGUACUAAAGGUAGCUCGGCAGUCUCCAAACUCCUAUGUUGUCAUCAUGAACGGUUCCUGCGUGGAGGUUGACGUUCACCGGCUAAGUGACGGAGGCCUCCUGUUGUCCUAUGAUGGGAGCAGCUACACCACCUACAUGAAAGAAGAAGUGGACAGGUAUCGCAUCACCAUUGGCAAUAAAACAUGUGUGUUUGAGAAGGAAAAUGACCCUUCAAUUCUGCGAUCCCCAUCAGCCGGGAAACUCAUCCAGUAUGUGGUGGAAGAUGGCGGACAUGUCUUUGCUGGACAAUGCUUUGGUGAAAUUGAGGUGAUGAAGAUGGUGAUGACACUCACAGCAGCGGAAUCGGGCUGCAUCCAUUAUGUGAAACGUCCGGGAGCAGCCCUUGAGCCAGGAUGCAUAAUUGCUAAAAUGCAACUGGAUGACCCGAGCCGAGUUCAACAGGCUGAGCUCAAUUUGGGAACCUUGCCCCAGAUCCAGAGUACAGCCAUGCGGGGUGAGAAGCUUCACCGGAUCUUCCAUUAUGUCUUUGACAACCUACUCAAUGUGAUGAAUGGAUACUGCCUUCCAGAUCCCUAUUUCACCACCAAGGUGAAAAACUGGGUUGAACGCUUAAUGAAGACUCUCCGGGAUCCAUCCUUGCCUCUACUGGAGCUCCAGGAUAUCAUGACCAGUGUCUCUGGACGGAUCCCCCCCAACGUGGAAAAAUCCAUCAAAAAAGAAAUGGCACAGUAUGCAAGUAACAUCACAUCUGUCCUCUGCCAGUUUCCCAGCCAACAGAUUGCCAACAUCCUGGACAGUCACGCCGCCACCUUAAACCGCAAAUCGGAGCGUGAGGUUUUCUUCAUGAACACUCAGAGUAUUGUGCAGCUGGUUCAAAGAUACCGAAGUGGCAUCCGAGGUCACAUGAAGGCAGUCGUGAUGGAUUUGCUUCGGCAGUACCUCAAGGUGGAAACUCAGUUCCAACACGGUCACUAUGAUAAGUGCGUCUUUGCUCUUCGAGAGGAGAACAAAAGCGAUAUGAACACUGUGCUCAACUACAUCUUUUCCCACGCCCAGGUGACCAAGAAGAACCUCCUUGUGACAAUGCUCAUUGAUCAGUUGUGUGGCCGAGAUCCAACAUUGACCGAUGAGCUGAUCAACAUUCUGACGGAACUGACCCAAUUGAGUAAGACCACCAACGCCAGAGUGGCCUUACGAGCCCGCCAGGUGCUCAUUGCUUCCCACCUGCCUUCCUACGAACUCCGUCACAAUCAGGUGGAAUCCAUCUUCCUCUCGGCUAUCGACAUGUACGGACAUCAGUUCUGCAUCGAGAAUCUGCAGAAACUUAUCCUUUCCGAGACUUCCAUCUUCGAUGUGCUCCCCAACUUCUUCUACCACAGCAACCAGGUGGUGCGAAUGGCAGCUCUGGAGGUGUAUGUUCGGAGGGCAUACAUCGCCUACGAGCUGAACAGCGUCCAACAUCGCCAGUUGAAAGACAACACGUGCGUGGUGGAAUUCCAGUUUAUGCUCCCGACGUCACAUCCAAACAGAGGGAACAUUCCCACGCUCAACAGAAUGUCCUUCUCGUCUAACCUUAACCAUUACGGGAUGGUCCACGUGGCCAGCGUGAGCGACGUUCUCCUGGACAAUUCUUUCACUCCACCGUGCCAGCGCAUGGGAGGCAUGGUUUCCUUCCGAACCUUUGAAGACUUCGUCCGACUUUUUGACGAGAUUAUGGGAUGCUUUUGCGACUCUCCACCUCCAAGCCCCACCUUUCCAGAAUCAGGACACCCAUCCCUGUAUGAUGAAGACAAGAGCGCUCGAGAUGAACCUAUUCAUAUCCUGAACGUCGCCAUUAAGACGGAUUGUGAUAUCGACGAUGAAGGUCUCGCUGCCAUGUUCAGGGAAUUCACGCAGAGCAAGAAAGCUAUCCUGAUUGACCACGGAAUUAGACGUCUAACUUUUCUGGUGGCCCAAAAGGAUUUCAGAAAACAAAUCAACUGUGAGGUGGACCAAAGAUUUCACAGGGAAUUCCCCAAAUUCUUCACAUUCCGUGCCAGGGAUAAGUUCGAAGAGGACAGAAUCUACCGCCACUUGGAACCGGCCUUGGCGUUCCAGCUGGAGCUCAACCGAAUGCGCAACUUUGACCUCACCGCCAUCCCAUGUGCCAAUCACAAGAUGCACCUCUAUCUGGGGGCAGCGAAAGUUGAGGCAGGAGCGGAAGUCACCGAUUACCGGUUCUUUGUCCGAGCGAUCAUCCGCCAUUCGGACUUGGUGACUAAGGAAGCGUCGUUUGAAUACCUACAGAAUGAGGGGGAGCGCUUGCUUUUAGAAGCCAUGGACGAGCUGGAAGUAGCUUUCAACAACACAAAUGUGCGCACUGACUGCAACCACAUUUUCCUCAAUUUUGUCCCUACCGUUAUUAUGGACCCUUCAAAGAUCGAGGAAUCUGUUCGGAGCAUGGUUAUGCGCUACGGGAGCCGUCUGUGGAAACUCCGAGUCUUGCAAGCUGAGCUGAAGAUUAACAUUCAGCUCGCACCCAGCGGCAAGGCUAUUCCCAUCCGGCUGUUCUUGACCAACGAGUCUGGCUAUUACCUUGACAUAAGCCUGUAUAAAGAAGUGACAGACUCCAGAACUGCCCAAAUUAUGUUCCAGGCUUAUGGCGAUAAGCAAGGGCCCCUACAUGGGAUGCUGAUCAAUACUCCCUAUGUGACGAAGGAUUUACUCCAGUCGAAGAGAUUCCAGGCCCAGUCCCUGGGGACGACCUACGUAUAUGAUAUUCCUGAAAUGUUUCGGCAGUCUCUGCUCAAAUUAUGGGACUUUAUGAAGGAGUUUGCGAUUCUCCCUGCUCAGCCUUUGCCUUCUGACAUGCUGACGUAUACAGAGCUUGUCCUGGAUGACCAAGGCCAGCUGGUACAGAUGAACAGGCUUCCUGGAGGAAAUGAGAUUGGAAUGGUGGCUUGGCGCAUGACUCUCAAGACCCCUGAAUAUACAGACGGCCGAGACAUCGUUGUCAUUAGCAACGACAUCACAUAUAAGAUCGGGUCUUUUGGUCCCCAAGAAGACUUGCUUUUUCUCAGAGCAUCAGAGCUGGCUCGGGGGCUGGGUAUCCCUCGGGUUUAUGUUGCUGCCAACAGUGGGGCCCGGAUUGGCUUGGCUGAAGAAAUUCGUCACAUGUUCCACGUCGCAUGGGAAGAUCCAGCCGACCCCUAUAAGGGAUUCAAGUAUCUGUACCUAACUCCUCAAGAUUAUAAGAAAGUUAGUGCCUUGAACUCAGUACAUUGUGAACACGUGGAAGACGAAGGAGAAUCGAGGUAUAAAAUUACAGAUAUUAUUGGGAAAGAAGAUGGCCUGGGGACCGAGAACCUGAGAGGAUCUGGCAUGAUUGCUGGGGAAUCAUCCCUUGCUUAUGAAGAGAUCAUCACAAUUAAUCUGGUGACCUGCCGUGCCAUUGGAAUUGGGGCUUACGUUGUCCGGCUGGGACAAAGGACAAUCCAGGUGGAAAAUUCACAUAUAAUCUUGACCGGUGCUGGAGCACUCAACAAAGUGCUUGGAAGAGAGGUGUACACUUCUAAUAACCAGUUGGGUGGUAUCCAGAUCAUGCACAACAAUGGAGUGACCCACAGCACUGUGUGCGAUGACUUUGAAGGUGUCUACACCAUUCUCCAGUGGCUCUCAUACAUGCCAAAGAGUGUGUUCAGUCCAGUCCCGAUGCUCAUUGUGAAGGACCCAGUAGACAGAACAAUUGAAUUCCUUCCCACCAAGGCCCCCUACGAUCCUCGCUGGAUGCUGGCUGGAAGACCUCACCCAACUCAGAAGGGCCAGUGGCUGAGUGGUUUCUUCGAUUACGGCUCUUUUUUGGAGAUCAUGCAGCCCUGGGCUCAGACGGUUGUGGUUGGCAGAGCCAGGCUGGGUGGCAUACCACUUGGAGUGGUUGCUGUUGAAACGAGGACAGUAGAACUGAGCAUUCCUGCAGAUCCCGCAAAUCUAGACUCAGAAGCCAAGAUUAUCCAGCAAGCUGGCCAAGUCUGGUUUCCUGACUCUGCUUUCAAAACCGCAGAAGCCAUCAAGGAUUUUAAUCGGGAGGGACUUCCGCUGAUCGUCUUCGCCAACUGGAGAGGUUUCUCAGGUGGAAUGAAAGAUAUGUACGACCAGGUGCUGAAGUUUGGGGCCUACAUCGUAGACGGUCUGCGAGAAUAUAAGCAACCGGUCCUUGUUUAUAUCCCACCCCAAGCAGAACUCCGAGGAGGGUCCUGGGUGGUGAUCGACCCCACCAUUAAUCCUCGACAUAUGGAAUUGUACGCUGACCGGGACAGCAGAGGUGGCGUUUUGGAACCUGAAGGGACAGUGGAAAUCAAAUUCCGAAAGAAAGACUUAGUAAAAACCAUGAGGCGUGUGGAUCCCAUCUAUAUGGGGCUGGCAGAGCGACUUGGCACCCCGGAGUUAAACCCAGCUGAGCGGAAGGAUCUGGAGGCCAAGCUGAAAGAGCGGGAAGAAUUCCUAAUUCCCAUUUACCAUCAGGUAGCGGUGCAGUUUGCUGACUUGCACGACACGCCCGGCCGGAUGCAGGAGAAGGGUGUCAUUACCGAUGUGCUAGAAUGGAGAACCUCCCGUUCGUUCUUCUACUGGAGAAUACGGCGUCUUCUUCUGGAGGACUUGGUCAAGAAAAAGAUCCACACGGCAAAUCCUGAACUCACCGAUGGCCAGAUUCAGGCAAUGCUGAGACGCUGGUUUGUGGAAGUCGAAGGCACGGUUAAGGCCUACUUGUGGGAUAACAACAAGGACCUGGUGGAGUGGCUGGAGAAACAGCUGGUAGAGGAAGAAGGUGCCCGCUCGGUGGUUGACGAGAACAUCAAAUACAUUUCCAGGGACUACGUACUCAAACAGAUACGAAGCUUGGUCCAGGCUAACCCAGAGAUAGCCAUGGAUUCCAUCGUCCACAUGACGCAGCACAUAUCGCCCACCCAGCGUACCGAGAUCGUGCGCAUUCUCUCCACAAUGGACUCGCCCGCCUCCACGUAAGAGGACGCCCUCCCCACCCAAUCGCGGAGGGCAAGAAAGGGCCGCUCGCCGCUCUCAACCCCCACAACGUGGACCUGCCAAGAACCGCUGGAAAGUGACUUUUUAAUUUUUUUUUUUUUUUUAAAUACCAGACUUCGACGGAAGACGGCAUGGCAUCCUUCUAGUUGCAAAAGACUCUAGGAACGCAGCUCCCCCACCCCACCCCACCCCCCAGUCCUAAAAUAAUUUAUGGAUGCCAUGUAAUCUUACCUAUUUAUUUAACAAAGAAAGUGACUGGACCAAUAUUGUAACUAACGGUUGUCUGUACAGCACUUAUCCAGAUUAUGAAUGGUACUGUUGUACCAUGAGGUCACGGAAUUUAAAGGGUGGGGGUGGAGGGGGGAGAUAAGGGGUUGAUGUCCGUUGUGAGCCAGUUUGUCUGUUAGUUAACAUCCCCCCCUCCCCAAACCCAAGAUCCCCCUGGUUUCAUCAUGGUAAACGGGCUGCUCACCCUCUCCCCAUUUUCCCGGGGCCCUUCGGUUCAUCGGCUAAUCCUGCAGGAGACGGGUAGUGAUAGAAAAAAAAUUACACACACCCUUCCUGAAUCAGCCUGGCGGGAUCACCAUUUCCGUGCCUAAAGGGAGACCCUCGGACUUCGUGUAGCUCAUUCCCCUAAUCUGGAAAGAGCGUCUCCUUCCGUCACAAGGCAAGGACAGGGCCCAUUUUCCUCUUGAAAGACUGCAGCAGCAACGCGUCUUCCCCUUCCCUCGGCUGGGCUCCCUCUGUAUAGUCGCAAAGCAGCCAGCUGACGCUUAAAAGGCAGCACAAUGCUUUCCACGGUCAUAACUACCAGUCUUUGGGCGUUAAAACAGACCUAUCCAGCACCCCUCGGUUUCCCAGGGCGGGCUGGACCAAAUCCAGCCCAGAGUGCCUCUCUUAUGUCAGGUAUCGUGCCUCUCUGCCCCAUCGCUUGGUCCUACAGCACAGAUUAAGCCAACAAGAUUUUCACUUGCUGACAUCCCCCCCGUCCCCAUCCCACCUGCUGAUUUCCUCCUCGUGUUUUGCUCCAGGAAGGAAGCUUCACUUCGACCUGCCCCAAUGAAAUGGCCCUAAUUAAGUUCUGAAACUGACCAGGGAUGCAUCAGAGCAUCUCUUUCUGCCGCCCUCCAGCCAGGACAGGAAGUGCUGGAAGCUACAACUGCUGGGUUUUUUGGGGGUGGAGGGGAAUGUGGCAGAUGUGUAAGACUGGAGGACCAGCAGCACUUAGUAAAAUCUGCAGAAAUGGGAUUUUGGGGUUCUGGUAGGAAUUAGGGGGCAUGUGCCUUGCUGGGGUGGAGAAAGUGUCUGGGCCACCAGCAAGAUUUGGGAUCCCAUUUUCAAAACUCAGUUGCCCAAGUUGUAGAAGAGCAUUUCCUUUCUUCUUGCAGACACACCAACCUAUAGCAUGCAGCUGUGGGACACACAUACACACACACACACACACCAAUUUUGGAAUGGGACAACUCUCCACAGCCACAACUCUCACAAUUCAACAAAUACAAAAGUGAAAUUAAUUUCAACAGAACCGUUGCCAAUAAUAAUAAAAUUAAGUCAAUCCAGAAACACAAGAGUUACAUUAAUUAUCAAUGAAAAUGUGGCCACCGACAAUAAAAGUAACUGAGUGGAACGAUUAAUUCAGCGUUGACUUGUCCCGCGGUGAGUUGGGCAUGGCGAGGUGGCCGCAGCGAGAUGUCCUUGACCCCCUCGAGUUGUAUAGCUGAUUCUUACCUAAGGGCCUAUAGCUGUGAUGGGAGAGUCUACUCUACACCCCCACACACACACACACCCCAACUCUCAGAGCCAGCCUUAGAUCCAAGUUUGGGGGGGGGGCAGUCAUAAAACCCCCAGCCACUUUAAUGGUCUUUCUAAACCAAGGAUCUAAUUUUUCCCUGCUUAAAAAAAAAAAACCAACAGUUUGGAAUUAAUGCGGUUGGCUUUUUUUUUCAUAAAUUGCAAAGUGCUAAAAUCCAUCCUGCUCAACGUAAUAACAGAAAGUGGGGAGGGAAUUUAAUUUGGGGGGGGGGUCUGGGUUGGGAGGAUCCUCGUAGCACAGUAUUAACCAACCAAGCUUCACUCAAAAUCAAGACCAAGAAUCUAGUUCCCAGGUGCAUUUCGUUUUUUUAACCUGGAAAGUGCCGAGUGUGUGAAUUAAAACACCCCUUCGCUGUACUUCAGAGAGCCCAGCCUUCUCCAGCUUCCAGACCUCAAAAGCUUCCCCGGAGUUAUGUCCAAAGAUUACUGGCCAGAAUGGACAUCUUGGACAUCUGGAGGGCUAGAGUGACUUUGCAACAGGCUGAAACAUCAAAAGGAACCUUGUUUGAAGGGAGAUAUAAAUUCUUCCGCAAAGCACAUAUUUUGGGCUAAAAUAACGCAGAUCUACUUAGAUCAUACUAACAAAAUGUUCCAAAAGAAGAGGCUUACUUAUGGGACUGUGGUGGUGGGCUUGAAUUUCCACCAGAUUUUCCCUCCAGGGUUCAGCUCAGUGCCUUUCUUUUUUUGAAACUCCCCCUCCCAUUAUUUCUUCAUUAAAGAAAAUAGAUGUUCAGCUAAACUCCCAGGAUGGCCCAGGUUCCAGAGAGCACAAUUGCAUUCGAGAUGAUUUUCCCCAACAACUGCCACGGAAUCGCAUUGAUCCCAUCAUCCUUCCAAGAACCGAGUCUUAGCUUCUCACAUCCAUCUUUGCAAUUUUGGCAUCCUUCCUUCCCUCAUGCAAAACAUACGAACCGAUCUGUUGUUUAUGUCAAGGAGUUGUCGCUUCCAAAAGCUUUGUAACCACCAGCUUAAGCCUGUCAAAUGGCUGUUACUUUCGACCCCACGCCGAUUCUUUUUUAGAGGCUGCAAAAACAACCGCAGUGAAAAGAUGGCCUUUUCAAUCUUACCCCUUAAAUUCUAGUCCACCAAAGUUUGAAAAAAAAAAAUUUAAAUCAACACAUCCUCACACAGGAUUGAAGAGGGGCGGAAAAACAAGCAAAGAGGCAUUUCUGGGUGCUUCCUGAAUCUGUUCGGUCCCUAAAAGAUGCAGCGAUCAUUAUGAUUUUAGCAGGAAUAAAUUCAGACAAAACCUCUCGCUCGGAAGUAUUAAAGUGCGUUUUGCUUUGGGAGAAUUGUCGGGUCUGAAGUUGUUCCACUUACCUCAGUUUUCUUUUAAUAAAACCAACAAUCAAU